AUGAACAACAAGAUGUCCAUCGUUUCCCCAGAAGAUCUGGAGAGUAUUGCCCUGACUAGGGCGGGGUUUGGCUUCAUUCUCAAAGCUUUCCAUGGACCUCGGAAUGCUGAUGUUGUCUUGAAGCUGUUGACUUGCAAGAACGCAACAGACAGAGACUUGAAGGCGCUGCUUGAAGACGUAGCUGGCAUCCAGCGUGUUCAUUGUGAAAGGCUCAUGCCUUCUAUUGGCAUCUACCAGUUCCAAGGACUCCUUGGGGUUGUUACUGAAUGGAUGCACAACGGAUCGCUCCAUUCCCUCAUCCAUGAGCAUGAACUCUAUCCGGAUUUGCCUCUUCCUCUGUGUGUAAGGAUCCUGACAGAUGUGGCAGAAGGCCUCCGCCAUCUACACGGUUUGGAGCCUCCCAUCCUUCACCACAGCCUGAAACCUUCCAAUGUCCUCCUAGAUCUUGAGUACAGAGCUAAGAUAUCAGAUUAUGGCCUUCCCACCUGGAGAAGGCAACAGUUAAGAUCGGUCCUACAGAACUGCAACAACAGAAGUUGUUGGGAUUUGCUUUACCUGGCCCCUGAAAUACUCCAGGGGGGCGGCUUCUCACAAGAAGGUGAUAUUUACAGUUUUGGAAUGAUGUGUUGGGAAACCCUAAGCAGACAGAAGCCACUGGAAGGCAAGAAGACCCUGCUUGAAGCGGUGACUGGUGUCUGCAGCAGAGUGCGCCCUGGGGUUGAACCGGCGUUUAUUCCCAGUGACCUGCCCCAUCGAAACAAGCUGCUGCAGCUGGUCGCUGUGUGUUGGCACCAAGAACCCAGUUACAGGCCGUGCGCCGCAGAUUGCGAAGCGCUGCUACAAGAUGUUCUCGGUAUGUUUGGCAAGGAGAUGCUUUCUGACGCCAUCUACAGCCUGAUUCACGCCAAGGACUGCGCAACAAACGCUGCCAAAAGCCCAGCUUCUCCUGGCCUUGAAAUUGAUUUGCGCAACUUGGAGGUAACCAGUCCCCAGGACAAGAACAGGCCAACCAGAAAGAUUACUCUAGAAACACAGAGCUUGCCAGGUUUCCACCCUGAAAGCAACGCACACAGGCAAGAAAAAGAAGCUGAGCAGACACUGUUUGCCAAUGCCACCCCUCCUAAUACAAGUUUGGAAAAAGGUCCUCCAGCAUGUGGCAGCAAAGGAUUGAGCUCUCGCCAUUCCUUAUCCACUGUACUUACACCGGAUCCAAGCGAAGAAGUCUCAGUUCCCUUGCGCAGGAAGUCCGAGGGUUGGCAGCCCCCGCCUGUGCAUGGAACUGAUCGCAGCCCUUCCCACAGUAACCUUCCCUCCACCUGGCCUGGACGCCCAUUUACAGAUCCAUGCUAUAGAGGAAGCUGCUGCACCAUCCUGGCCUGCAGGCGAGAAACCAUCUUGAGCUUUAUGACAGAAGGGCGCCUGAACCACAUCUUGGACGUCCUGCGUGCCCAGCAGAUUUUAUCCAGAACAGACUACGAAACCAUCACUUCGUUCUCUACCGUGACCAGCCGGGCACGUGCUUUGCUGGACACCUGCCUUAGCCUUGGGGAGAAAGCUGCCCAGACCGUCGUGGGCAUUCUGUCUGCCAGCAAGUGUAGCCCUUUGGCAAGAACGCAGUGAAUCGGAUGGCUUUUAG